AUGGACACAAAAAUGACGGAAGAGAUCUCUGCUCGUUUCGAGGAGCUCGCAGCUCUUGAACAUGAGUUUGAGGAUGUUGAGGAAGAAAUCAUCCGCCAAGCUGAAGCUCUCCAAAGCCCUCUUUACCAGAAGCGCGCCGAAUUCAUUAAGAAGAUCCCGCAUUUCUGGUCGCUCGUCUUCGAGCAAGCGCCUCCCGAGAUUGACAACUUCAUUCAACCCACCGAUUCCAAGGUUUUCGCCGAGUGCCUCGAGACCUUCGAGGUGUCGCGAUUCGAGCUUAACGACCCCAAUGGCUCCCCACGCAGCUUCUCGUUCAAGUUCGGCUUCGCCGACAACGAAUACUUCGAAGACAAAGUACUAGAGAAGAAGUUUUGGUUCAGGAAGACAAAGGACUGGCAGGGUCUUGUUUCCGAGCCUGUCAAGAUCAACUGGAAGAAGGGCAAGGACCUUACCGCCGGUCUAACAGACGCAGCAUACAAGCUUGGCGAGACAAGAAAGAAGAUAACAACAGACACUGCCAAGGGCGCCGCUUUUGAAAAGGAGGUCCUGACCGACGAAUACCAGGAUCUAGCAAGGAAGAUUGAAACAGCUACAGAUGCCUCAGUUAGCUUCUUUGGCCUCUUCGCUUUCGUAUCAGGCUACCGAUGGGUGAGUGCCGAAGAGUCUGCACAAGCUGCCAAGGAGGAGAAGGAAAGAUUUGAGAAGAUCAGGCGCGGUGAAAAGGUCGAUGACGAGGAUGAUGAUGAGGAGGAAAAUAUGCGGGACUUUCAGGAGAUCGAGGUCUUCCCAGGCGGUGACGAGGUUGCUACUAUCAUCGCCGAAGAUAUGUGGCAAAAUGCUAUCAAGUACUACAAGGGCACCUUCGACGAGGAUGAAGACGAUGAAGAUUUGUCGGAUCUCGAUGUUAUGGAUGCCAGUGACGAUGACGAAGGCGAUGACCAAGAACCAGUCGAUAUCCGCGCGUUGGUAGGCAAGGGUCGCAAGUCAGGUCAGGAACCGCCAUCGAAGAAGCAGCGCAAGGCUUAA